AACUAUUUCGAUAUCGCAUGAGCGAGUAUCGAAUCGAAAUCGAUACUGCGUGUGCUCGGUGUGAAUGACUUCGCUGUUUCGUUCUAUGGUCAAACAAUAGAUGUGAGAUGGGACAAAAUCAGUCAGGUACUGGUGGUACAGGAGGUGAUAAGAAAGAUGAUAAAGAUAAGAAGAAGAAGUAUGAACCUCCCAUACCAACAAGGGUGGGCAAAAAGAAGCGACGUACAAAGGGGCCAGAUGCUGCUUUAAAAUUACCGCAAGUUACACCGCAUACACGGUGUAGAUUGAAGCUUUUAAAAUUGGAACGUAUAAAAGAUUACUUGCUAAUGGAAGAAGAAUUUAUUACAAACCAAGAGAGACUAAAACCACAGGAGGAGAAGAAUGAAGAGGAAAGAUCUAAAGUUGAUGACUUACGUGGAACUCCAAUGUCUGUUGGAACAUUAGAAGAAAUAAUUGAUGAUAAUCAUGCUAUAGUUUCUACAUCUGUUGGUUCUGAACAUUAUGUAUCAAUUUUAUCCUUUGUGGAUAAGGAUCAGUUGGAACCAGGAUGUUCAGUUUUAUUAAAUCAUAAAGUUCAUGCUGUUGUUGGAGUUUUAGGCGACGACACAGAUCCUAUGGUUACAGUAAUGAAAUUAGAAAAAGCUCCACAAGAAACUUAUGCAGACAUUGGUGGACUUGAUACACAAAUUCAAGAGAUUAAAGAAUCUGUAGAAUUGCCAUUAACACAUCCAGAAUACUAUGAAGAAAUGGGUAUUAAACCACCAAAAGGAGUUAUACUUUAUGGUCCACCAGGAACUGGAAAAACAUUAUUAGCUAAAGCUGUAGCUAAUCAGACCUCGGCAACUUUCUUGAGAGUUGUUGGGUCUGAACUUAUACAAAAAUAUCUAGGAGAUGGCCCAAAACUUGUAAGAGAAUUAUUUAGAGUUGCAGAAGAACAUGCUCCUUCUAUCGUAUUUAUAGAUGAAAUAGAUGCUGUAGGUACAAAACGAUAUGACAGUAAUAGUGGAGGAGAACGUGAAAUUCAAAGAACUAUGUUAGAACUCCUUAAUCAACUCGAUGGGUUUGACAGCCGAGGAGAUGUUAAAGUUGUAAUGGCUACAAAUAGAAUUGAAACAUUAGACCCAGCAUUAAUCAGACCAGGUCGCAUUGAUAGGAAAAUAGAAUUUCCAUUACCUGAUGAAAAAACAAAAAGAAGAAUUUUCAAUAUUCAUACUAGUAGAAUGACUUUAGCACCAGAUGUGAAUCUAGCAGAAUUAAUUAUGGCUAAGGAUGAUCUUUCUGGAGCAGAUAUUAAGGCUAUAUGUACUGAAGCUGGAUUAAUGGCAUUGCGUGAACGUCGUAUGAAAGUUACCAGCGAUGACUUUAAAAAAUCUAAAGAAAGUGUUUUGUAUCGGAAGAAAGAAGGUUCACCCGAAGGAUUAUAUUUAUAAAAUACGAUACUUUAUUUACAAGAUUAACAUAUGAAUAUCAUGUAUACUAAUAAACAAAAAAA